UAUCUAUAUCGACGAAUAUAAUGUACAAGAUUGGAUGAUCUAUCCGGCAUAUUUAUACUAUAUUCAUAUUUGUGGAAAAUGGCAACUCCGAAAAAUAUAGCAGACAUGAAGAUAAAUGCUGCUGUGGAUACACCUACUAUAUCUAUGUCUCCACUGCGGCGGAAAUCAGUUUUUUCGCGUAAAGUUAUUGGUACUCCUACUCUCUUAGAGAAUGACGACGAAACAGAACGUUUGAUUUUUCGCCGUGAAACUAAUGCUACUUCGACGCCAAUAAUUAAGAAUACAAGUGGUAGAAGAAGUUCUAUAGGCCUUAGUUCCUUAGUAAAUGUACCUACGUCUCAAAUGACAGAGCAUAUAUCUCAAUGUAUAAAGCUCGGAACUGAAAAUAAAAUUAAUCCACGAAAUGCAUUCAGCUUAAAAAUAAUUGAUUUUAUGGCAUAUUUGAUCAAGAAACAAGAUGACAAAAUGAAUAACUUGCAAGUAGCUAGCACGUCGUUGGAUGUGAGUACUCAGAUUUAUGGGCAUAGAGUCGACGGUGUACAUACGGAGAUACUUAAAAUGAUGGAUGGAAUGGACAUCGGUGAGAAAAAUAAUAUGAAUGCAAAUGCAAUGGACGUUAAUGGAGGAAAUGAGAAUCAAUUAGAAGAUCCAGCAAAGAAAAGGAAAAGGAAAAAUAGACAGCAAAUAUUUAGCACGGUCGAAAAUUUAAGAACAAAUGUAGAAACUAGGAAACCUUCUCUAAUAACUAUGGAAGAAGAUUUACAAAGCACAGAUAUGUUGCGUCAAGUAACGUUACCGAUUCACGCGAAUUCUAGAUUUUAUUUACAUCCAUAUAAUGAUGUUUUGUUAGACUCGGUAGAUUAUAAAAGAAUACAAAGCAAAGACAUAAGUUGUAGUACUUUGAGAAUAGGAGGUUUGUCAAAUAUGCAAAUUUGUCCACCUUUACAUCAUUUCAAUUUUCAAAAUUUCAACGAGGAUGAUGAAACGGAGAAGGAUCUAGGGGAACAAACUAGUGAUAGCAGGUUUCAAUUUGAUCUUGAUGCAAGCAUAUCGCAGGAGGAUGACCACCCAUGUACAAACAUGGAUUAUUUUAAUGUCGAAGAGAACGAAGAGGAAAAUGUAAAUAGAUACGCUAAACAUCCUGAUCAAGUACAGAACCUUGUAGAUUUUCAGGAAGUUUUGAGUACCUCUGUACCGACAAAAGUCUCCGAAUAUUCAUUUAUUCCAAAAAAUUUGAAUUUACAUUGGGCAAUUCCAACAUAUUGGAGAAAUACAAAUUUCCGAAAAAUGUUAACAAACAGCGGAGUAGUUGAAACGUGCCAUCAGGCGCCCAACAAGAGAAGAAAAGAAAUAGAACUGUGUUAUAAUGAUGACACGGUUAAUAGUGUAAAUGAUAAAUUUUUACCUGGAAAAGGAAUUACACUAAAUCGUCAGACAACUAAAAGAAAUUGGAAGGAGGAAAUACUAACAUUACCACCAGAUAAACAUUACGAUGUUGCGCAAGCUACUAAAUUAUAUCUCCAUCCAAUGAUAGCUCCAAAAAGGAGGGAUGUAGUAAGUAGUACUUGCUUACCUGACGCAGAUCACAAUUAUGGCGAUGAAUGCGAAGUAACCCGUAAUUCUCAGUCAGAUAACAAUGAAUGCAGAGAAACUGCAGAAAAUAAUGUAAUCGAUAAUGUUAUGGGAUCCGAAGAUGAAAUUAUGCCAGAAUCACAGCCAUUCACCGGAAACAAUCUCGUCACUGCUCCCAAAUUAACGAAUAAGUUCUCCAUUAAUUAUUGCGUACGUGAAAAAAAGAUCGAUAUGGGACAAUUGAAAAAAUCCAUUUGGAAAUGCUUAAUUACAGAUGAUAGCAAAAAAAUUAAAAAUUCACAAGCAUCAAAUGAAAAUGUACAACAAAAUGUUUGUGAUAGAAUGAAUGAGAAAAAAUACUUUAGUGAAAUUUAUAAAGAACUACCAAAUACAUUAACAAAAGAUAAUAGUAAGGAAUUGAGUUAUCCAAUUGCCUUUGUGUCUUUGUUACAUCUAGCAAAUGAGAAGUCAUUGAAAAUAACUUCUUCGCCCGAUGUCUCUGACCUUACUAUAGAACAAGAUUGA